CAUCUGCAGCCCAGCAGUGUGCAUCAGCAUUAAACUCAAAAUCCUGCAAGAAAACUAACAAAAAAGUCUUUUAAUUCCUGCCACUAUAAAAGCAGUUCUCCUGGCAAACGCUAGGCGUCAGUAGAAUAACUUCCAGGGUUUUUUUUUUCCCGUCUUGUUAGUCCUGUUUUCCGGGUAAUCAAGCGAAACUCCCAACUGUUUCAACGCCUAACUGUGCCGCUUUGUUUUGCUCUUUAACCAGCUGAUCGUCUCUGGAGGCAAACAGGAUGUCUGCUGUUAAGAUGACCGAGGGCAGCGUGCAGGUGGAGAGCUGCAAAGCUCCGCUGUUCUACAGACAAAGUGAACCUGCCACAGGAGACGUGAAGAUGUCAGUUUUGCUUCUCCAUGGUAUCCGCUUCUCAUCAGAAAACUGGCUCAAAAUCGGCACUCUGGAGGUUCUGGCUAAAGCAGGCUGUCGUGCUGUGGCCAUCGACCUGCCAGGAUUUGGUCGGUCUAACUCAGCCGAGGCCCCGGCCGCUGUGGGAGAAGUGGCUCCAUCAACUUUUCUGAAGGAGGUGUGUGAGCAGCUGAGUGUGAGCCCGGUGGUGGUGAUCAGCCCGUCCCUCAGUGGGAUGUAUUCCCUCAACUUCCUGCUGCAGCACCCGUCUCUGAUACGAGCCUACAUCCCCAUAGCUCCCAUCUGCACGGAGAAAUUCACGGCAGAGCAGUACAAGAGUGUAAAGGUCCCAACGCUGAUCGUUUAUGGCGACCAGGACACUCAGCUCGGAGAGGUGUCGCUCCGUAACCUGAGUAAUCUGGCCAAUCACAGCGUGGUGGUGAUGAAGGGGGCGGGGCACGCGUGUUACCUGGACGACCCGGACACUUGGCACAAAGCCCUGACAGGCUUCCUUAGUAAUCUGUGAAGCGGAAAGAUUCUGAACAAAGCAAUCAAACAUACGUGACUCGGAGGAAAAGAACACGACGCUUCCAUGAGGAAUUCAGGCUGCGACGUCCUCCUGCACUGCUUGAUCCAGUGUUUUACUGAUGUCUUCAAAUCAAGUCUGAUCUAACAAUGAAAGCAGAUUCACUUUUCCUGUAAAAGUUCAACCUCAACAUUUUGGGAAACACUGGCUACAGAUCCAUUUACCAGCAUGUCUAAAGCUCACUGAUGAACAAGCCGUCUUUUUGUUUUAUCCACACAAUUAAGAGUCUCUGCCGGUUGUGUGGCAACUGGUUCAGGCCUUGAAGUAAUAUUGCAACAUUAAAAUUCAAAGAUCCCAAAUUUUACACUUUGGUUUUUUUGUAAAAAAGUUAAUUAUGACUGUGAAACUUUGUGGAAGCUCUGAUUUAUCGGUCACAGCAGUCAGUAAUACAGAACUGGUUGAAAACAAAACAGAUGUUCAGUGUAAGGAAAGAAUGAUACAGAGGGCCACCAAAUCACCAAAAUGACCCCAAAAGAAAGAAAGAAAAGUUCCAGAGAUGAAAGAGUUACAGAGAGAUGCAAAUUGACCACAAUGUGACACAAACUAACUAUAAAAGGAUGCAAAAUAACCACAAAGACAUGCAAAAUUAACACUUAUCACAGACAAAAUGACCAAAAUGAGAUUAAAAAAACAUGGAGUGCUAUAACACAUCUUCAUGAUGAAGACACAAAGCAAAUCAGUUGUUCACAAGUCAUGUUCUCUUUCUAUUUCUACUAUAUUUUUAUAAGGCAUGACCAUGAUGGUAGAAUUUGAACAGAUCCAGGCAGGCCAUCUCCCCUAAGCUAAGUUGGCUAAGAAAGCAAAUGACAGUAUUUCCCAAAAUGUUGAAACUUGGUAACAUUAAAGCUAAUUGUAGAGCUACAAUUAUGACUUUGCUUUUUAAGAGAUUUCAUAUUUUCAGUAGAACUCAGCGCAUAAAUCAAUCACCGGCUGCAUUUUGCUGAAGAACCCAAACACCAAGAGAUGAAAUGAAGUGAAAAAUAUGAACAUUAUUUAAUAACUGAUUCUCUGUAAUAAACAAUUUGAAAAUA